AUGACGCUCGACAAUGCCAUUGUGCGAUUUCUUUCUUGGUCAAACCGAACGCCCGAGAUGAACCUCCUUUACAUGAAACGAUCAUAUCACAAACAUCGUUGGACUGAAGCACUCUUUUUGCUGAAUUGUCAGAGGAGCAUGUCUAACGAAGACGGCAACAACAGUCCUAGGACUACAAAAGACGGAGACGGCGAUAAAAGGCCAAGGAGUACUAAUUACAGCCACUAUGACUGUGGUGACGCUGAUUGGGAUGGAUAUCUCACUCGAGGCUGGAAAAAUGUCCUUUGGAACAACCCGGACUUUGGAGCAUGGGAAUCACAGCUCCAUCAAGCAGGGUGUGGCAGGAAAGCUGACAUUUCAGAUCCAGAGGAGGGCGAUCUGACCAACGAAAUCCAUCCAGUAUUUGCACGCCAGCAGUGGGUGCAAGACAUUCCAGACGACUCAUGGGAGAUACUCUCCCCAGUUCUCAGAUUGGCCUCCAAAAUGCUGCUAAACGGAUACUAUAUGGUGUUGAGCGCAGGGGAGGCGGGCGCGCCGGUAGAUGUGGGAGAACAGGAAAAUGAGGUAAGAAGAUGCCUCGAGCUUUUGGCCCGGAAGCUUCGCUUGCUGUUUGCUGCAACCCCAAAUAAGCCAGAAUCUUCAGAAGAUCCAGAGACUGAGCCACAGACCCACGCCGUGCACUGUGUCUCGCACCACCAUUUCGGAAAAGAGUACUUCAUCCGUGAUGGCCUUGACAAGCUACCUGAAGAUAAUGGCCAGUUCCACUUUUUACUCAUCAAUCAAGCCUACGCGGAAUUGUUCACUUCGUAUGCUAGGAGACGGAGAGACAGUGAGCCGACCUCACCUUCAGACUUGGUUCGCGCAACAUUCUCGCUUGCUACCUCUUUGGUACAUGAAACAGGCCACGCAUUCUAUGCACGUGAUCGGACCGACGGAGACGAGUCUUAUGCAGAGCCAUUUUUCGAGCUACAACAGCAUGACGAAAAUGUCGAGUUAGGCAGUGCACUCGAGUUUCAGAUGUUCAAUGUCUUGGUAAAUACAGUCGUCCAUCCCUGGCAGGGCGUGCAGUUGGAGUGGCAGCCGGUAGUGAAGCAACUGGUAGCAUUUUGGGAUGAGCUCGAAACCAAGCCCACUACUGAGCAAUUAAAAGGUCUUUAUGUGCCAACAGAGGUUGAGUUUGGCGCCACAUUUGACUCCAAGGCGAAAGUUUGGACGUGGAAACAAAGUCCUGGGGCCCUCACCAGGUGUGGACGCACGCCAAAUGAAAGCGCUCUGGCCAAAAAGGUGAGAUCAAGAAAGCAGCGAGAGAAGAGGAAAAAGGCUAAGCAGCCUAAGCUCAGUGUCGCUGCUGGAAGGUACGGGUUGAGAUCGAAGACGGGACGUAUAGACAAUCUGCUCAGUAUUGCGGCAGGACCGAUAGCAGCGUAG